AUGCCUUGCGAGCAGCCUGGUCACAACCACCCGCAGUGGCCCGCCAGCGGUCCUCUCACCAUCGAGCGCUGCGAGAUCUUCUGCCAGUACUGCAUGGGUGCGGAUGCUCAGCACCGCUGGAAGUUCGGCUGGUUCUUGCGCCGCCACGUCGAGAAGGUGCAUAUCCUGCACGGCGAUUAUUCCGAUGUUGUCCUGAGCAAGGGCUGGACUCGUAAGGAAGACGGUCUCGCUCGUCCCUCGAUCCAGAAGAAGAGGGCACCACCUCGCAGCGCUCGUCGCGACAAUAGCAAGAGGAUCGCCGAGGCUCACAAGAGUUCCUCCCGGCUGCCACUGCCCGACUUCAGCACAACCUCACUACUAGCUCUUCCCAGCAUGGAAGACGCAGCCUUCAACAACGACCUCCAAACUCACCACCUGAAGGUCACUCAAAUGGGCGGCAACGACUUCACCACAUUCCACAAGCAGCCCUCUCUCGACAUCGCCGACACCAUCGAAGUCGCUCAGUAUGCUCCCGCACUCACCAACCUCACUCACUCCAGCAUCGCAUCCCUGCAGGCUGCAAACCUCAUUCCACAAACCUGCUCCCUCCAAGCCAUCGAGUCCUCCUCUACCGACCACUUCACUGCCACCACCAACUUCAACCUGCCAAUCGACGUCGGCAAUUCACACUUCUAG